ACAUGAGUUCUGAUAAUAAUACAGAUAUAUUAUUUUCUAUGAAUGUGUGGGACAGUCAACGUAAUGGGGAAAUUUUUGGAGAAAGACUUGUUGAUAAUGUCAUGCUUAAAAUAAUGUCAGAGUGGUGA